GUCUGCUUUGAGGCCGCGAUCAGCUGGUGGUGUGGUGCAGACGGGACCAGACGCGGGUGCUGUUCUUCCUCUUCCCUUUCCUUCUCUUCCUCCCAGCAGGCCACCAUGGGGAUGACACGCAUACUGCAGGGCAUCAUGAGGUACAGGAACACGUACAGGGAAAGAAUGGUGAAGCAGUUUGAAGUGGUGCGGGAUGAUCCACAUCCCAAAGCGGUGUUCUUCACGUGUAUUGACAGUCGCAUGCUGCCCACCAGAUUCACACAGACCAAUGUUGGAGAUAUGUUCAUUGUGCGUAAUGCUGGGAACCUGGUGCCUCAUGCCAACCUGAGUGGACACGAGGAGAUCACUACAGAGCCCGCCGCGCUUGAGCUGGGGUGUGUCAUCAACGGCAUCAAGCACGUCAUUGUUUGUGGUCACUCAGACUGCAAGGCUAUGAACAUGUUGCACAUGAUGCGCAACAGUGACCGCACACUGCAAGAAAUGCUCAAGUUGUCCCCGCUCAAGGCAUGGCUGGUGCGUCAUGGCCACUCAUCCAUCGUCAAGUUUGCUCAACUGGAAGUGUCUGAUUUCCAAGCCCCAUUAGUGUUUCAGGCUGAGACUCCAAUGAGGCGCUUUGUUGCAUACAUUGACCCUGACAAUCGCUUCAGUGUGGAGGACAAGCUAUCUCAAGUCAACACUCUCCAGCAGCUGCAGAACAUUGCCAGCUACAACUUUAUGAGAGAGGGCCUCUUGAGAAACCGGGUCUACAUCCAUGCUCUCUGGUUUGACAUCUACACGGGUGACAUCUACUACUUCUCACGGCAACAGAAGAUGUUUGUUGACAUCAAUGAGACCAACAUAGAGAAGCUUCUUGAUGAGGUUCUGAAAUAUUACACAUAGUAUAAAACUUCCCUGUGCUGGCCAUUCCCUGGGUGACACAGCUGGGGCAUUAGAAAUAAACAUAUUUAGAUUUUUUUUGCAUAUAAGCACAUAAGUAACAUAGAUAUUUUUAUCAUAGAUGUGUAUUUUUUUACUUAGUACUUGUACAUUUUUUAUUUCAUAGUACAUUUAGUGUUUCCAAAGAUGUGCAGAUAUUCUUGUUAUUUUAGAAUGGUUUGUAGAAUUUGAAUAUGUUUGUCCAUGUUACUGAUAGAAAGCUUUGAUGAAAUAAGUUGAAGUGGAUCAGUAACAGAUUUAUUUAAUAUUUUGUUUAAUUUUAUUUUCAAUAUUUUUUAUAUUGAAUGACUAACAUAGUGUAGCUGAAAUGAAGUCUUGGGCUUCCACAAAGAGCACCGUCAGUUUGAAGUUUAGUUGGCCCUGAAUGAACAAGAUUUGACAUACAAUGCAAUUUUGUGAUAACAUUCAACACAACACUGAAUGAUUAGAAAAAAAUUGAAGCACAUGUUUAUAUUUUGUAACAAAGGU